GAUGUGUUUGUUUAUUUAUUUUUUGUUUGUUGUAAAUCCCAUAACUUCCUCGUGCGGAGUUUUUCGCAAAGGGUUUCCUGGAUGAGUUGCUUGCGAGAAAAGCGAUUUGAUUUGAUCAGUUUCGGAUAACACCACCAAGGGGCAGAACACAGCGUGAUGACUGCACGCACAUUAGUCAGUCAGGUUUGACUGGUGAAGCCAGAUGAAAAGAUAGGUUAAGUGAAUCGAGCAGCAUAAACGUUCUUGGGAAGCACGAACCAGUACGGCGACAGCGCUGCACCUGUUGCAUUUUCCUGGUGUUUUUCUUCUUGUUAUUUGAAAUGGUCUGCGUUCGGAGAAAGAAACAGCGCGCAAAAGAGAUCACCUGCGACAAGCAUCUUCUUUUGGUUAUGUAACUUUUCUUUCAUGAGAAUAUAAAAAAAAAAAAAAAAAAAGUAUUCAGAAGUUUCUUGAAACCUUCUUUUGUAUAAAUGGCAAAGGACUCGGGUGUCUUUUCUCCGUCUGAAUUCAGGAAUUUAUAAACCAAUAUUGGCAACAUGAGGUUUAAUGGUUAUUUAAAACUGAGGAUCGGGGAAGCAGUAGAUCUGAAACCCACCAAAUUUUCCCUGAGGCACUCAGUACUUUUCAGUAAAACACCCUUCUUGCUAGAUCCCUAUAUAAUAAUCAAUGUGGACGAGGGGAGAGUAGGGCAGACUCACACCAAACAGAAGACCAACAGACCUACAUACAACGAGGAAUUCUGUGUCAAUAUCAACAAUGGGCGCAAGAUCGAGCUGGCGGUGUUCCAUGACACCCCGAUUGGAUAUGAUGAUUUUGUAGCUAAUUGCUUAAUCAUGUUUGAAGACCUGAUCAACACCGUCAAUACUGAAGAGACCUUUGAAGGCUGGGUGGAUUUGGAGCCAGAAGGGAAAGUGUUCAUUGUGAUCACUCUCACAGGAUCCUUUACUGAUGAUACAGCGACAGCCAAUGGACGGACCUUCAAGCACUUCUCCAGGAAGCGUCAGGGAGCGGUGCGGCGGCGAGUGCACCAGGUCAACGGGCACAAGUUCAUGUCAACCUACCUGCGCCAGCCGACCUUCUGCUCGCAUUGCAGAGACUUCAUCUGGGGAGUGUUUGGGAGACAGGGGUAUCAGUGUCAAGUCUGCACGUGUGUCGUGCACAAACGAUGUCACCAGCUCAUCGUCUCGGCGUGUCCCCGCAUGAAAAAGCCUGCUAUCGAAGAGGCAACUAACCAAGGCUUCAGCAUCAACAUCCCUCACAAGUUCAAGAUUCACAACUUCAAGGUGCCCACGUUCUGUGACCACUGCGGAUCUCUGCUGUGGGGUCUGCUGAAACAGGGCCUGCAGUGUAAAAAUUGCAAAAUGAACGUGCACAUCCGUUGUAAGGGAAACGUGGCUCCCAGCUGCGGAGUGAACAGUGUGGAGCUGGCCAACAGACUAGCGGAGAUGGGGCUCCAAGCUGGAGGACUCUCCAAAAGGAACUCUUUGGCAAGUAAUAAUAACAGCAGUGAAACAGGAUCCAGAAAAGUAAGCAAGAAGGAGAAUCAAACGAAUAACAGCAACACAGAGCAGAAGUUAGGCAUCGGAGAUUUCACCUUCCUUCAGGUUCUGGGAAAAGGCAGCUUUGGGAAGGUGAUGCUGGCCAAGCAGAAAGGCUGUGAGCGGGUGUUUGCAGUCAAGGUGCUGAAGAAGGACAUUAUCCUACAGGAUGAUGAUGUGGAGUGCACUAUGACUGAGAAGAGGGUCCUGUCGAUGGCAGGGAGCCACCCCUACCUCACCCAGCUCUUCUGCUGCUUCCAGACCCCAGAUCGGCUGUUUUUCGUGAUGGAGUUUGUGAACGGUGGCGACCUCAUGUUCCACAUCCAGAAAUCUCGGAAGUUUGAGGAACCCCGCGCCCGGUUUUACACGGCUCAGAUUACCUCGGCACUCAUGUUUCUGCAUGAAAGAGGAAUUAUUUACAGAGACCUAAAAUUGGACAACGUGUUACUGGACAAGGAUGGCCACUGCAAGCUAGCUGACUUUGGGAUGUGUAAAGAGGGAAUCUUUGAAGGAGUCGAGACUGGCACUUUCUGUGGAACUCCAGACUACAUUGCUCCAGAGAUUCUGCAGGAGAUGCUCUACGGCCCCUCUGUUGACUGGUGGGCUCUCGGAGUGCUGCUCUAUGAGAUGUUGUCGGGACACGCGCCAUUCGAGGCGGAAAAUGAGGACGAUCUCUUCGAGUCAAUCCUUAACGAGGAGAUCAGCUAUGCAGCCUGGCUAAGCCAAGACUCUGUGGACAUUCUCAAAGCAUUCCUGACUAAAAACCCCAGCAGGAGACUUGGUUGUGUGCCGUCCCAGGGUGGGGAGAGUGUGAUCCCGAUGCAUCCAUUCUUCCGAGAAAUCGACUGGGAAUUACUGAACCGGAGACAGCUGGAGCCGCCUUUCAAACCUAGAAUCAAAUCCCCCCAGGAUGUCAACAACUUCGACCCAGACUUCACCAAAGAGGAGCCAGCUCUGACUCCUAUUGAAGACACGAUGAUCCAAAUGCUGAACCAAGACGAGUUCAAACAUUUUUCAUUUACUUCGCGGGACUUGAUUGAUACUUAAAGGACAAACUCAUAAUUCAGUGAGCGAACGUCAGAGCGGUGUAACAGGGGAGAGAAGAAAAAAAGGACAUUUCUUCUUCUAUCGCAUCCUCCUGGCUUGUCAUAUUUAAAGGCAUUCAAGCACUGUGUCAAAAAAAAACACCUUGGGUCAUGUGAAACUAAGUUAGAUUUAGUGAGUAUGUACAGUACUUGAAUUUUUAUUUGUAAAGUAGGAUGUUUUUUUAUAUAUCUGAUUUAGAAUGAAGUCGCUUUUUUAUUGUUUAAUGUGUUUUAUGCUCCUGUUUGUUCCUUUAGGCUGAAUGCUUUUAUAAAGAAGUGACCGACUUGCCUAAUUGACAGAUGUUUGUGAAUGGAGGUAAACAAUGGGGCCUAAAUGCAAAUGAAUAGAAUGGAUAGCUGUUAAGAACACAUUGAUUAUGUGUAAACAUAAGGCCUUCGUAUUCAAUGAAAGAUACUAUAGCAUUGUGUGCAUCUAUAGCAUACACCUCCACACUUAAACUACCUAUCAGGUUACCUGUAACAGCAGGGGUUCAAACCACCAGUAGACCAUAAUCAGUAUUAUUAUGUCAUUUAUUACUCCAUUCCUUGGAUUGUAUUGUUUGGAAUUGGAUCUCCUUUGUAACCAAAACUGAUGUGCCAGUGGCGUUUGGAAUGGAACAUGGACCCAUGCGUGUGAUGGAAGGGCGGAAUGAUAGCGUCUUACACGAGACACAAAGCUUCACAGGGUUAAAAGUCAAAAGUCUUGUGUAAAAGUUAGCAUUCAUUUUUAGAAGGCCUUGUCUAAUAUCUUCUCUUCGUUGCUAUAUAAUAUGAAAAUAAACUGACUUCAGUGUAGGCUUGGACAUGUUUGGACCAGUGUUUAAGACAAUUUAUGAAAAUCUGUUCUUGGACAUGCAAAUUACUAGCAGUAACUGACGUAUACAGAAUAUUUUUGUUGUUUGUUUUUUUCGUGACCUAACUAUGAUGCCGCUACUGUUAUUCAAAUGAACCUGGUUGAGCCUAAAUAAACAAAACAACUGAGAACAAAACCGUACCUAUUUCCUGAAGCCUUACAGGUCCCAGGGUUAUUUAUUUAUAAAUCAGCAGUCAAGAACAGUUAUUGCACGUCUCUGUAGGUGAGAACUGAGAACACCCUUCCGAGAUUUCUGUACAGACCGUGCUCAGGUAACUCUUAGGCAUUGUUUUUCUCUUUUCAGGUUUUGUAUUCGGUCAUGUCAAGUACUUGUUUUAGAAAAUAAAGCAACUGUGAAACUCA